GUUUUGAAAGACAUUUGAUAUGUGGCGUUUUUUCAACUAAACGAAAGGUAGAAUGUCAGUUUUCAUGAGAACAUGAGAUUAUGCAUUUUUAGCAUUUAAAUGUCCUGUGUUUGCACUAUAAAAAUACAUAGUUGGCAAAAUCUGUAUCAGAAUAAGAAAAAAAGACGUUAUCAGAAUAUUUGUCUAAACAUUUAAUUUCAGAAAAGCUUCCUACAAGACUAAACAUAAUAUUUAUAUCGUAUAUGGCAGAAAUCGUUAGUAUGAAUGUGUGUCAUUGCGAGUUUAACACGUGACAAACCUCGUUUUCCCGGGAAUUCAGACACGUGACAAUGACGUCUAAUGGAGCGAAGACAGUUUUUCCCGCGAACGACAACACUGAACACGCUCAUUAAGGAAGAAAAGCAUGCUGGCUAUCCGUAAAAGACGUAGAAGACCUCAGCAGGAUGCUGAAGAUAACAUCAUAUUUGAAACUGAAAAGCCUGGUCUUCAAGAGCAGUACAUCAGCAAAUAUAAAGGCCGUGGCGUUUUCACCACUGAAUCUUUCUGCAGAGGAGACUUUGUUCUUGAAUACAGAGGUGAACUUCUGAGUUCAAAGGAGAGUCUUGAACGAACUAAAAACUACACUGAAACUGAGAGCACAUUCUUGUUUGAUUUUCAGUGGCAUGGAAAAUAUUGGUGUAUGGAUGCAUCCAAGGAAGACAAGUCCCUGGGAAGACUUGUCAACGAUGAGCACAAAAAUCCAACUUGCAAAAUGAGAACUGUUGAAGUGAAGAAAAAGCCUCAUCUUUGUCUAUUUGCUGUACGAGACAUUUUACCAGGUGAAGAAAUCACUUACAACUAUGGCGACUCGGACUGGCCGUGGAGAGCCAAGUCUUUAAAUGAACCGUCAACAGAAUCCAGUGAUGUAAAAUCAGUCAGCAGUUUGGGCCCACAGAAAUCGGUAAGUACAGUUAAUUCUGCUUCACUCCUUGUAAUGACAAAAUGGGUAAUUUUGAAGCUUAGAGGCCGGAUUUUACAAUGCAUUAAAACAAUAUAACUAACUCUUAAAGGAGUAGUUUACCCUAAAAUAACAAUUCUUUCAUUAUAUUCAUGCCAUCACAGAUGAAUAUGACUUUCUUUCUUCAGCAGAACACAAAUAAAGAUUUUUAGAAGAAUAUCUCAGCUCUGUAGGUCCGUACAAUGCAAGUCAACAGGUACCAAAUUUUGAUAGUCCCAAUGUAAUCGACACAACUGCAGUCCGGCCAUUAAUGUCUUCCCAAGCUAAAUUAAUGAUGUUUAUAAGAAAAUAACAGAAUUAAAAAGUUAUGAUAAUCUUCACUUCUGGUCACAUUCUUCCCUUCCACGACGCUUAAUGUAAGUGUUAACAAGUCAAGUGAGAAGUGAUACCAAAUUUCUUUGACUUGUCCUCACUUUUCCCUCAACUAUACCAGAGCAGUGCUUACCAAAAAUAAAACAACUUCGUUAAAUUAACAAAACAUACAUCUUACCUUUUGGCUCACCUCAGUGAUGCUUAAAUGUCUUUAGGUGCCACAGUUUUUAACAUUGACAAUGUAUAUUUUACUCUUGGCUUAAGCUAAAUACCUCUUUUAUAUCUACAGCAGCGGUUUCAAUCAAGAAUGUCAAAGUUGCGACAACAUCAUGAAGAUUGUUAUAAUCGCUUUAAAAGAGCAGAGACUGAGAGGAAUGAGAGUGAAAAGAAACAUCUCAAGCUAUUGCA